UUUGCUUUUACUACUCCUGCAUGAAAGCUGUGCAUGUGUUGAAGCCACUCAAGGCUGCAGCACUAUAAAUAGUGCUCUAUUGUUAGUGGAUAAAAGAUGAAACAAGUCUCACAGCACUGCGACACAGGACACUAUAUUAAACGUUAAGCUCUGCCUGUUCUAAAAGUGAAAGGCAACAUCCACUGAUAGACUGGUCUGGGAAGUGACACACGGCUGGGAAGAGCUCAGUCUGACUCUGCAGCUUCCCAACACAGCAGGAGCAGCAGCUGAUCUUCCUGCCUCAGCAAUGGCAGAAGCUGUCAUAAGACACUGGGUGGAAACUCCUGCACGCUACCAGGAGCAGUUUGCUGGCCAAGAACUGGAAGCACACAAACUGAACCACCUUUUAUAUGCUUUGCCAGGCCCUGCCACCACUGCACCGAGCAACCAAAGGUGCGCCACAGAAAGCACGGCUGGGGCUGGGAAGAGCAGCCAGGAGGAGGAAAACACACACUUUCGGGUCUUGCUGGACGUUGUGCAGUUCCGCCCUGAAGAUAUCAUUAUCCAGACUUUCGAAGGCUGGCUCCUGAUUAAAGCUCAGCACGGACCCAGGAUGGAUGAACAUGGUUUCAUAUCCAGAAGCUUCACCAGACAAUAUAAAUUACCUGACGGAGUGGAGAACAAAGACUUGUCUGCACUUUUCUGCCAUGAUGGCAUCUUGGUUGUUGAAAUGAAGAGCUCAGUGGAAAAGAAUUAGAACAAUGUCUAUAGUUAUCGGUCUCUGCAUCACUCUGUGCCCAAGUCUGUACUUGUUCACAAUAUCAUCAGCCAGAAAUACUGGAACACCUUGACCCAGACAUGGCAUGGAUGUAUCCAGCCAAACUGUACCUUCUCUUGCAAACAGAUCUUUACAAAAGCCUACA